CUCAGUUCUCUCUGCGUAGAGGAGGAUGCGAGAACAAUGCUUGUAGUCAGACGCUGUUUACAAACAUGUAGGGUGUUUUGUCUCAAAAUGCAGGUGCAGGUGCAUUUUCAGUUACAUAUUUGACCUGUUGCAGUUGGCCAUUAUCAUUCUUACUGGCAUGAACAGAGAAAGAGGCACUUUAUAUGAGAGAUGCUGAUUCCACUGAGAGGGCAGACAUUUUUAUUGAGCCUCCAGAUUCUGAAAGUGAUGAGAGUGUAUGUAAGAUACCUAUUGUACUGAUUAUCAAAAUGUGAAGUAGCAGUGACCCCACCUGGUCUUGAACCCAGGUCUCUGGGAUAGCCUGAAGCUUGACCGCAACGUCAAAGAGCCUGGCCUGUUGAUAUGGUGGUCAGAGCGCAUACUCAACCUUUGGGAAGCAUGCCCAUGGAAUUCACACACACUUUCACGCAACCACCAGCCGUACUUAUCCCAGGGUGCCCAACACACGUGCUUCACCCAUCUCUGGGGUCCUUCAUAACAGGGUCAACCUAUCCUGGGGGUCCCUCACACCGCUCACACAUUGGGCAAGCUUCCGAUGACCUCAUGGCAUCAGCUCUCCGUCCAGUGACGUAAAGGAGUUUCAUAGCAUUUAGAGAGAGGUCUUUCUUAUUCUUUCUUUUAACAUUAGUAGUAUAACCACAAAACUGAGUUUGCAAAAACAUGGACACAAAAAGACACACACAUUCAUAUACAUACACACACACAAACAUAAUACUACACACACACACACACACACAAUUGUGCACUAGUUACAUAAUAGUACAAGUUAAACCCUUUUUUAUUAACUUAUCUUCUAUCUGUACAGAUUCCUCCCACCCUCAUCCUACACUCACUAACUCACUAACUCACUCUACUGUAUGCCCGUCCCUAGAAAAAAUACACUCCUCCUCUCGCUGCUCUCUCUCACUCUCUGUGAUCCCUGCCUUCCUUCUCUCUCUCUGUCUCUCUCUCUUCCUCCAUUCUUUUUCUCCUACAUUUCCCCUCUCCUGCCUCAACUGAGUAGCCAACAUGGCUGGACAUCCAGCUCCCAGCAUGACCUGGGCCCUGACGCGCAUGGAGAAGGCUAAGGACGUCAAGGACGAGGAAAAGUUCUACAAGUUCGAAGGGGUGAUCUACUCAUCCAUCAUGAGCCCGGCCGAGAACCUGGAGGCACUUAGGACCAUGGAGGCGCGGGCUGACGACGUGAUGCUGGUGGCCUAUCCCAAGUGCGGAUUCAACUGGAUGGUGGCUGUGCUGCGUAAAAUGAUGGCUGCGGCCAGCGGGAAGAAAGAAACCCCUGCCAUGCACGCGCUGAUCGAGUUCUACUCGCCAGACGCGCAGAAGUUCAUAGCUCAGCAGCCGUCUCCGCGGUUUCUGGGGACUCACCUGCACCCUGACAACAUCCCCGUUUCUUUUAAAGAGAAGAAGACCAAGAUGCUGGUGGUGUGGAGGAACCCCAAGGACACGCUGGUCUCCUACUUCCACUUCAUGAACAAGAACCCAGUGCUGCCCAACGUGGAGUGGGACAAGUUCUUCUCAGAGUUCAUGAGUGGAGAAGUGGCCUGGGGUUCAUAUUUUGACCAUGCUGUUGCCUGGGAUAAGCUAAUGGACGAUCCAAAUAUCAAGAUUAUAACCUACGAGAACCUCAAACAGGACCUGAGUGAGGGCAUCAGGCAGAUCUCCCAGUUCUUUGGCUUCCCCCUUACUGAAGAGCAGGUCCAGACCAUCUACUCAGAAACAACCUUCAGCGCUAUGAAGGAAAGCGGUUCUCAUGGCAAACUAGGCAGCGCCUUCUUCAGGAAAGGUGAGGUGGGCGACUGGAGGAAUCACUUCAGUGAGGCCCAGAGCCAACAAAUGGACGAGGAGUUCAACAAGAGACUAGCAGGAACCAAACUGGGGGCCCUGCUCCAAUACGACACCUACUGCAAGUAGGGAGCUGUUACACAGAUGCUUGCCUAGUUGAGCUUUCGGUGUCUUGUAGCAUAUCAAUAAAAAAUCCAUAAAACAUACCUAA